AUGGAGAAGGAACUGGAAAAGGCCAAUGUCACCCACGAAGAAGCCAUCCACCUCGCCGAAUUCACCGACAAUGAAAGAUGCAUCGAGAAGAAGCUCCUCCGCCGCAUCGACGCCCUGAUCAUGCCGCUCGUCAUCCUCGUCUACUUGAUGAACUACAUCGACCGGAACAAUUACGCAGCGGCCAGACUGCAGGGUCUCGAGAGGGAUCUUGGUCUUAACGAUUCGCAGUACCAGACUGGUCUGAGUGUCCUGUUUGUCGCGUACAUCCUCAUGCAAGUGCCGUCGAACUUGCUGCUUAAUUAUAUGGGAAGACCGUCGUUGUACCUCGGGGGCUUCACCACAGCGUGGGGUCUUGUGUCGACGUUGACCAGUCAAACGAAGAAUUACGGUGAUAUUGUGGCGUGCCGGUUCCUGCUUGGUUUGGUUGAGGCCCCGUUCUUCGCCGGCGUUCUGUUCUAUCUUUCGAAAUGGUACACGAAAAAGGAACUUUCCUUCCGCAUGAGUAUCUUCUACAGCGGCUCCCUUCUCUCCGGCGCCUUUGGGAACCUGAUCGCGGCCGGUAUUCUCAAUGGUUUGGCGGGUCGGCGUGGCUUGUCAUCGUGGCAGUGGCUGUACAUCAUCGAGGGUGCCAUCACUAUGUUCAUCGGCUUGGUGCUUAUGGUCAUGCUACCUGAUUUCCCAGAUACAUGGCGGCUUCUCAGCCCGGAGAUGAAGGCUGUCGCUAACCGCCGGCUUGCCAUCGACGCCGCAGAGGCCGACAUGGAUGAGGGCGGCAAGCGCAGCCAGAUCAAGGGACUCAAGCUUGCCUUCACUGAUAUCAAGACCUACGUGUUGGCCAUCGCCUAUAUGUCCAUGACUGGCGCCAGUGGGUUUCAGAACUAUUUCCCCACACUCACUCGCACUUUAGGUUACGAUAAGAUCAUCUCCCUUGUUCUCGUCGCGCCGCCAUACUUGUUCAUGGUCGCGUAUAGCAUGGCCCAUGCAAGACUAUCGGACCAUUUUGCCAACCGGUUCUGGUUCUUCUUCUACCCAAUUCCGAUCACCAUAGUAGGUUAUAUCGUCUUUAUGACCACCGAAAGUUUUGGACCGCGCUAUUUCUCCUUCUUCUUGAUGGUGUUUGUCUUUGCACAGAACAGCACCAUCUACUCGUGGAUCGCCAACGCCAUCCCGCGACCGCCGGCCAAACGUGCGGCAGCAUACGCGUUUAUCAACUCGAUCGGAAACUCGGCCAGUAUCUGGACCCCGUACACCUACCGUGACGAGGACGAGCCGUUUUACCGACCCGCGAUGGGUGUGUGUAUCGCGUUGCAGGGGGUUGGUGCGGUCAUGGCAUUGUUUAUGUAUUUCCACUUGCGGCAGUUGAACAAACGUCAGGAACGGUUGGAGGAUGAGGACAUGACUCUGACCGAUACAGAGCUAAGGCGACUGCAGAGGACGGCAGAUGUUGAGGGAAUUGAUAUCGCAGCUGCGCGUCGGUUGCAGCGGGGAUUCCGCUACAUGAUUUAG